AUGACAGCCUUUUCGGUUAAGGAUCGUAAAACGGAUAAUUUCCGUAAGCUGAUACAUUACGAUGUCAAUGUUUGCAGUAUUUUGGGACGGGCUGAUAAUAACCUGAUAACAGUGUGGAUACAAAAUUUUUUGAAAUUUGGAAAUCUGCCGAAAAGUUGUCCGAUUAAGAAGGGCAACUAUUCAUGGUAUAAAUUGCGACCGGAGAAAGUUUCCAUUCCUGAUGUCUUUCCCUCAGCAGAAUAUAAAAUGCAAAUCGAUACGUAUUUUCGCAAGGGCAAGGAACGACAAUCUGUGGAUAAUUUAACCGUGGUAGGAAUACUGAAGUAG